UAACAGCAAAUUUACUAAUACGUUAGCGAGGCAGCGAUGAUUUGAGGUGGGAUAGACGUAGCCUAGCUCAAUAAAUACUCACCCGAGCGGCCAGACAGUUCACUUUCAAACAGGCUGUUGCACCAGCGCUGCUGGCAGAAGACUUUUUCCUGCAAGCGUGCGUAAAAUUCUCAAGUCAGGGAGUAAGCAAGCAAGAGAAAAAAGACAGCGAAAUUACUCUUAAAACUCCUUGAAAUAUGAUCACCUUGUUUUUUCUCGUGAUGUUUGUUCAUCGUGUGCUAUCUUCUUCGACACAGGUGGCGGCCAUUUUCCCUCAGGACCCGUCGCAGCCAAUCGGCUCCAGCCUGACAGCGACCUGCUCCGUCAGCGCCGACCUGGGGGUCCACGCCAGCACGCUGUACUGGACCCUCAAUGGGAAGCGCCUUCCCAGCAGCACCUACAGCGUUCUGGGCCCCACGGCGCUGAGCGUCACCCUGGUCCACCUCAACGGCUCCCGGCAACAGUCCGGGGACAACCUCGUGUGUCACAACAGCGGGGGCCACGUCCUGGCGGGGUCCUGCCUCUACAUUGGCAUGCCUCCUGAGAAGCCGGUGAACCUCACCUGUUGGUCCCGAAACGCCAAAGACCUCACCUGCAGGUGGGCCCCAGGGGGCCAGGGAGAGACCUACAUUAGAACCAAGUACACCUUGAAGUACAAACUCAAGUGGUACGGGAGAGAGAAGGAAUGUGAGGACCAGAGCCUGGGCGAGCCCCACGCCUGCUACAUCCCCCGCGACCUGGCCCUCUUCACGCCCUACGAGAUCUGGGUGGAGGCCGUCAAUCAGCUCGGGUCGGCCACCUCCGAUGUGAUCUCCCUGGACGUGCUGGAUGUGUUGACCACGGACCCCCCCGCCGACGUGCACGUGAAUCGCGUGGGCGACCUGGAGGACCAACUCAGCGUGCGCUGGGGCACGUCGUCCGCGCUCAAAGACGUCCUGUUCCAGACCAAGUACCAGAUUCGCUACCGGCUGGAGGACAGCACGGACUGGAAGGUUGUGGAUGACGUUGGCAACCAGACGUCCUGCAGGCUAGCCGGUCUCAGGUCGGGCACGGUUUACUUCGUCCAGGUGCGCUGCAAUCCGGUGGGAAUCUACGGAUCCAGGAAGGCCGGGAUCUGGAGCGACUGGAGCAACCCCACAGCUGCCUCCACUCCUCACAGUGAGCGGCUCCUGAGCGGGACAUGCGAUCCAAAGUCGAGCGAGCAGAACUCUACGCUGCGGCGGGAGCUGAAGCAGUUCUUCGGCUGGGUGCGCAAACACGCCUACGGCUGCAGCGGCAUGAGCAUCAAGCUGUACGACCAGUGGAGGGUGUGGCUGCAGAAAUCCCACAAAACGCGCAACCAGGUAGAUUCUACAAGGCGAUAAAUCCUAGCAUAUACCCAGCUCCUGUACAGAAAUAAUAUAAAAAGUAUAAAAUGAACACAGAGCGUUUACGGCGGAGGAACGGGGACAGAGUGAAUCGGGGGGAAAACGCUCCAGACUACGGAUCCCGAGGAGUUGCUGGAUCACACACACAGAGACUUCUCCUGCAGGAAACCACGUGGAACAUUCAGAACCUACACGGGGGGGGGACACUGGGGCUUUUCUCUGACACGGACCCAGACCGAGACCUCCCUCUGCACAGAAGCUACCGAUCACCAGAACUACAAAACCCCGCCAAGGAGAAACCCAUCGGGACCGACGGAUCUAUUUCGGAUUUCUUUUUUUGUUAAUGUUUUUAAAUGAGGACGAUGCUCCCGAGGCCAGUUAUUCGGAAUGUGG